GUGUUACUGGUGGAAAGUAUCCGAGUUACCGGCGGCAAAUCCAUACAGGUCUGCAGCAACUUCAGUUCUUGCCUCCUCAGAAGAAAGAAUUCGACUGAGGAGCAUAAAGCAGAAAAAAAGACUAAGGCAGGAAGGGCGACUGCUUUCUGAGAAGGAGUGGAAGUUUAUUUAAAAGGCUUCAGAACAGGAAAGAAAGGAAAAGAAAGUAUGCUGGGAAGAGACCCAAACAGGCACAAAGGUCAAGUGUGACGUUUAACUGCAUCCUAGGACUUUAUAGGCUCACCUCUUUCCCAUGAUUCUUCCGUUAGGGUGGGCUGCCCGCAAAUGCAGCGCCCUCCUUACCCUUGGGAGGUGAGCAUGUGCAGUGUGUUUAGGAAGUUGUCCACAUGCCCACCUGAGGCUUUCUUCCUUUUUCCAGUGGCGUGCCCCUGGAACGUUGUGCACCACCAUUUUGACUCUUUUAAUGUGCGUGCCCAGGAAGCUGCUUCUCCCUGGAGUCAGUAUUCAAAUCACACUUUACUGCAACAGGUGUGGACCAUCAGGAAACGGCCUCUCCCCUGGCACCUGGCUCCCAAUUCACCACUUUUAGAGAGCUAUCCCCCAUCCUCAUCACUUUCCUAUCUGGCUGCUGCAGCAGAAACAUUUAUUUAAUAGGAAAUAGAACUACUCAUUCUGCAAGAAGAGUCUUUAAAUUGCAGAUGCCUGGGUACUUCGUACUGGAUUUCGAGGCUGGCAUCCUGCAGUAUUUUGUGAAUGAGCAAAGCAAACACCAGAAGCCUCGAGGAGUCCUGUCUUUAUCUGGAGCCAUAGUGUCCCUGAGUGAUGAAGCUCCCCACAUGCUGGUGGUGUACUCUGCUAAUGGAGAGAUGUUUAAACUGAGAGCUGCUGAUGCAAAAGAGAAACAAUUCUGGGUGACUCAGCUUCGAGCUUGUGCCAAAUACCACAUGGAAAUGAAUUCUAAGAGUGCUCCAAGCUCCCGAAGCCGAAGUCUCACUUUGCUCCCACAUGGAACACCCAAUUCUGCGUCUCCCUGUAGCCAGAGACACCUCAGUGUGGGGGCCCCCGGUGUUGUCACAAUCACGCAUCACAAGUCGCCUGCAGCCGCCCGAAGAGCCAAGAGUCAGUAUUCCGGCCAGCUUCACGAAGUCAGAGAGAUGAUGAACCAGGUGGAAGGGCAGCAGAAGAACCUUGUGCACGCCAUUGAGUCCCUGCCAGGGUCUGGCCCCCUCACUGCCUUGGACCAGGACCUGCUGCUCCUGAAAGCUACCUCUGCUGCCACCCUCAGCUGCCUUGGGGAGUGCCUCAACUUGUUACAGCAGAGUGUGCACCAGGCGGGCCAGCCCAGCCAGAAGCCAGGAGCCUCGGAAAACAUCCUGGGAUGGCCCGGGUCCAAGUCAUAUUCCACAGAGCAGCUGAAAAAUGGGACACUGGGCUCUUUGCCAUCAGCCAGUGCCAACAUAACCUGGGCAAUUUUACCAAACUCCACUGAAGAUGAACAAACCUCACAGCCAGAGCCAGAGCCAAACUCAGGCUCUGAAUUGGUUUUGUCUGAAGAUGAAAAAAGUGACAAUGAAGAUAAGGAAGAGACGGAAUUGGGCGUCAUGGAGGAUCAGCGUAGUAUAAUUCUUCAUCUCAUUUCACAACUCAAACUUGGAAUGGAUUUGACCAAGGUGGUGCUUCCCACCUUUAUCCUGGAGAAGCGAUCUUUGCUGGAGAUGUAUGCAGAUUUUAUGGCGCACCCAGACCUACUGCUGGCCAUCACCGCUGGGGCCACACCAGAGGAGAGAGUCAUUUGCUUCGUUGAGUAUUAUCUCACAGCCUUUCACGAGGGCCGCAAGGGCGCUUUAGCCAAGAAGCCCUACAACCCCAUCAUAGGCGAGACAUUUCACUGCUCCUGGGAAGUUCCCAAGGACAGGGUCAAGCCUAAGAGGACUGCUUCCCGCUCUCCUGCCAGCUGUCACGAACACCCAAUGGCCGAUGACCCUUCCAAAAGCUACAAACUAAGGUUUGUGGCUGAGCAAGUGUCCCAUCACCCACCCAUCUCCUGCUUCUACUGUGAGUGCAAGGAGAAGAGACUGUGCGUCAACACUCAUGUAUGGACCAAAAGCAAGUUCAUGGGCAUGUCCGUGGGGGUCUCUAUGAUAGGGGAAGGUGUGUUGAGGCUCCUGGAACACGGGGAGGAGUACGUAUUCACCCUGCCUAGUGCCUACGCCCGGUCCAUUCUCACCAUCCCAUGGGUGGAGCUCGGAGGAAAAGUCAGCAUCAACUGUGCCAAGACUGGGUACUCAGCGACAGUGAUAUUCCACACGAAGCCUUUCUAUGGAGGGAAAGUCCACAGGGUUACCGCAGAAGUGAAGCACAACCCAACCAACACCAUUGUUUGUAAAGCCCAUGGGGAAUGGAAUGGUACUUUAGAGUUCACCUACAACAAUGGAGAAACCAAAGUCAUCGACACAACCACACUGCCAGUGUAUCCCAAGAAGAUCAGACCUCUUGAGAAGCAGGGACCCAUGGAGUCCAGGAACCUCUGGCGGGAGGUGACCCGAUACCUGCGGCUGGGGGACAUUGACGCAGCCACCGAGCAGAAGCGGCACCUGGAGGAGAAGCAACGGGUGGAGGAACGGAAGCGCGAGAACCUCCGCACACCAUGGAAGCCCAAAUAUUUUAUCCAGGAGGUAACUCUGCCGCAUGUCAUUGGUCCCUUGCCCAGGAGAGAACUUGUCCUGAGAGGGUAGAUGGGUUUUUCUUGCUGAGCCCCCAAGACUGGAUAAAUACCAGGCAGGGGAAGGGAUGGACUAGGGCAGCUCGGUUCUGACUGGUUCUGACUCCAGCUUUGGACCAGGCUUCAGGACAGGUUUUCUGCCACAAUAUUCAUGAAACCUUCUGGAGGGCAGAACUGAGCAACUGACACUUCCCCUCCAGUAUCCCUAUGUCAGAAAAGCAUGUCAGCCUGCCUGUGAGGGAUCGUGAUGGGACUGCAGACUGGAUACUGUUCUAUUUGUAAAAAGAAAAUCAUCAUGGCCCCUGUUAGAUUAUCUUUAGUAACAAAUUAGUUGAGGAGUGCCUCACAGCCCAUCUCAACACCUGGGUGGGCUGGAGCCCUCACUGAUGAAGAAUUGCCUUUCAGAGCUUUGCCUCCUGGGGGCCACAAGGGCUAGUCAUGCAGGGGAAGGCCAGCCUGAGUCCUGUGCCUAAAAUGCUGUUGCUGUCACCUGCAAAUGUGACACUAGAAGCUAGAAAUAAUAUCUGGGCAAGUGGGCAGGGCACUGUGUGCCCAGCUGAAGCCCUUAUGCUCUUGAAGCUGUGGAGGGGUUGGGAAACACUCUGAGAACAGAAUUGGAAAUUAUGAAAAUGUAGGAGCCACACGUCUUAAAGCGGGCCCACAGGAACCCAGCAACAUCAAUGAAGAGCAGGCCGGUGAGGGCUGGGGCAGAUGCCACUCAUCUCCCAGUGAUAACAGAUUGUCUAGUUGUUCAUGAGGAGCCAGAAAUCUAAAUUUUUAUGAGAAAUCUCAUAUUUGCAUGGUCAAAGAUUUAAAAAAAUUUAAAUACCAGUAGCCAAUCAAAAUGCAUCUGUGGGCUUUCUUUAGCCCAGGUGCUGGUAACCCCUGACUUCUGCUACAAAGAGGGAUUAUUCUGUCUAUAUACAAGGCUGAGAAGUGAGUUAGGGCAACAUAGUAGGUAACUGGGGUGGAUUCAUGGUUAAGAGCAGGAAGAGCAGGAAGCCACCACUGUUCUCCCCAGAGUCAGGCUGUGGACUGAAGGAGAUUUCAAGGUUGGAUUCUGGUUCAGACAGGAAAGCUGCCUGGAGAAGACUUUGCCUUUAUGGGUCACUGAGUGGGGACCCUGUGUGGGAGCCCUGCCCAGGUGAGGUAAAACCUUGAAAGAUCCUUCUGUGAGGUGGAUCCCUUUUCUCUUGAGAGAGCUAGUAGCUUGAGAGAGCUAGUUUGUCUGGCUUCUGUGGAAGGCUGUGCAUUAAACAGCAACAACAACAACAAAAAACAUUCACAGUUCUUCCUGAGUUUAAGAAAAGCCAGUAUGCCCAUAACAGAAGGGCUGGGAACAUGUAAGGAAUAAGAGUCAUCUGAACACCAGCACAGUUAUUCAGUAUAGUGCCUUCUAGUCAUAACUAGAUGGUAUUAAUACCAUUUUAAUUCUUGCCUUUUUCUCACUUGAUAUUUGAUUGAUGGUGUUUCUUGUGUGUGCUGAUUUGUUUGUGACUACUGCCUGCUGGAGAGAGCCUUUGUUGGGUGUUCCCCUGUGGGCUGGAAGUCACUGGUAUGCACACCCUUGCCUUUUCUUUCCCCUGGCCAUUCAUCUAGCUACUCUCCUUUUCUCUUGUCCCACUGUCAAAGUGCUGCUUUUUUUUUUGGCCAAGUAAUCAGUCUCGAUGGAAGCCAACCAAGCUCCCCUUUUAUUUUGCUCAUUUCUUGGGGUUUCCUCCUGCCAUGCCAGAGUAGGAAGGUCAAGGUCAUCUAGAUCUCCAAAGAGCAGCUGGGCUGAGGAGGGGUACUGAGGCCAGCAGCCUGGCCUGCGUGUGAGGUAUUAAGACACGGCAGACACACAGAGUGGCUGCGGUUAUCCUUGCUUCCCCUUUUCCCUGUUGAGAGGUCUCCACGUAAUAAUGCCUCCUUUC